GAUCUGACAUCAUAAGCGUCAAUCGACUACUGGGGCGCCAUCUUUAAACCGGGUGGAAAGUACUGUAUAUUUUUAAAAUAUUUCUAAAGGGAUGUCCAAACGUGAGUCUUUUAAGUUGAUCUGCCCCUGAGUGGGAAAGACAAGGUGAUUGAAAAGGAAAAAUAAGAUAUUAAUGGAAGCUGCUACCAGGAAAGGCUAUGUGGUAGGAGAUGCACUGGGGUCAAAGUCGUGUCAUAAUGAAUUCCCCUGUACAGGGGUGACAAUGAAAGCAGAUGUUGCAAUGGGACAGAGCCCUGUUGAGGCCAAUCUUGAAGCUAGUCUGGUGAAAAGACAUACUCAGGACUGUGAUUAUGAAGUUGAAGGAAAUGCUGGAGGCCUUCUGCUAUCUGUUUCUGAAAAAAAUUCACAUACCGUAUCAGAAGAAAAUGUGACUGGAUCUAAAAAGAAAAAAAAGGCAGAGAUGUUGCCAUAUAUUGAAGAAGUAAAAAGUAAAAGAGGAAGAACAAAGAAGGCAGACAGCUGUUACUUGUACUAUUCUGAAUCAUCUGCAUUAAACAAUGCCAACAGUGGAUCAAGUAUAUCAGUAAAGAAAGAAGACUUGUUGGACGCAAAAGAGUCAAACCAAGACAGGUCUCUGACACCUUUGCCUAAGGAAAUGGAAACAUACAGAACUCCUAAAGCCAGAAAAAGUGUACAUAGAAGCAAACCCAAAAUAUUCCCUGUUCUCGUUCAACCAGUGGAUUUGACAGUGUCCUCUGAAAAUGGCUUAUCAGGGAGCAGGGAUAAUCCCUUGUUGGGCAAAGGUUGUAAGAAAAGAGGGAAAAAAUCAAAAGCUGACUUGAUGACUGUGAAUUUGGCAGCAGGUUUGGACUGUACAUCUCCACAGUCUGAUCCUGGUUAUGUUCAGAAACUAUUUGAAGAAGCAGCUUCUGAUGAAUCUGUAGUUGUACCACCAGGUGGACGCCCUAGAAGAAAAGCUGCUAGAGUUGCCAGGUUGUUCUUACAUGAACUUGCAGAAGAAAUUACAGACCAAACUGCUGCACAGAACCCUAUGAUAGAAACUGUUAUCAUCACAGAUACUUCUGUUAAGAAGCGAGGAAGAAAGAAGAAAAAGAUUUCCACUGAAGCAGUUGAUGACCUUGCAAAAGAUGCAGAUUUUGUAGUCCCAGAAGGACUUGCAGAAACAGAGGAGGAUGUGGUAGUGAAUUCUCACUUGAGUGGUGGUUCAGAACCUGAACAAGAAGAUUCAUUAGAGGCAAGGCCUGCAAGAGUCAUUCUAAAUAGAAAGAAGACUAUGUGUAGAGGUAGUGCUGCUAAUGGUCUUCAUAACUCCAUAAUGCUUCCUGUGUGGAAAAGUACAGAAGUAACAAAGGAAUUUAGGGACCGUUUGUUUUCAACAUGGGAAUUUCCUGAGUGGAUUCCUAAUUCAAGAGACUGGAUUUUACAAACUGAAAGUGAGUCAGAAACGUAUCUACCUAAGGAAGUUAAAUCUCCGUUGUUUAGAAUAAAGAGGGAAGGGAUUCGAGAAGACCAAGGACUUCACACACUUGACAGGUUCCAGUCAUUACCCCCACAUAGAGAACGAUGGGAUACAGUGCUAUUUGUUGGUGGUCCUGUGUGGUGCAUGGAGUGGUGCCCUACACCAGAUGGCUCUGCUGCCUGCCAGCAUGCUGCUAUCUAUUGCCAUAGAGGGAUGGAUGAUAGACAUCAAAUGUCCCGUCCAUUUGCAGAACCAGGCCUUUUGCAGAUUUGGAAGAUGGGUCGCUUGAGUCAGGAAGUCCGUUCUGAAACACAACCUUCAUUUGCAUAUGGAAUAGUCAUAGAUCAUGGUUGUAUCUGGGAUAUGAAGUUUUGUCCAAGUGGUGCAUGGGAGAGUCCAGGAACUUCCAGAAAGGUUCCAGAUAUGACCAGGCUUGGUCUCCUAGCUGCUGCAUUCUCAGAUGGAAAGGUUGGCGUAUAUUGUCUCCCACAUCCUGAAUCCCUGAAAGACUACAAGAGCACACAGGUAAAAGAAGCCCAGUCUGCAGAAUACCCCAUAUACAAGGUACGCUGUACUGUAUUAUUGGAGGUAGGAUCAGUCCGGGCCACCAGUGUUGCACCUUGCGGUCAAUGUUUUUGCAUAGCAUGGCUGCCCUCCAAAAACCACCAGUAUCUUGCAGCAGGAUUUUAUGAUGGUACAGUAGCAAUUUGGAAUCUGGUCACAAAGUCCUUACUCCAGAGAGUUCGUCAGGUAGAUGGGUCUGUCAAGCUGUACCCCUUCCGCUGCUUCACAGCUCAUGAUCAUGCAGUCAAGAGCAUAGAGUGGUGCAAAGCUAACAGAUUUGGACUUAGUGGCAUCUACUAUAUAGAUUCUGGAUUCUUGGGAUUUAAACCAUACUUUGCAGCCCCACGGAAAGGAACAGUAUGGAGUAUCUCUGUCUCUGAUUGGCUAAAUAUGUGUGCAGCAGGCGAUAACACUGGGGAAGUAAUAGGAAUUUUGUUGCCAGAUUUGAUGUUAAACCCUAUGAACAUCAAGCGCCCUUCUGAACGCAGAUUUCCAGUUUAUAAAGCAAGCUUGAUGAGCCUGAACAGUAGUACGCAAAGCACGGAUUCCCCUCCUAAUGGCAAGUCAUCAGAAUGUGUGCAGGAGAAUGGAAAGGAAAGUAAUCUGCUUGACUCUGAGCAGAGUACAUACAGCGAAGCUGUGAAAAAAUAUUACAUUCUCUUUGAUGAUACAGAUAUGAGAAGCUUCAAGAAUUUUUUAACUCGAGAGCCAAUUAAAAGAAUGCAACAGACAGAUACAAGGGGUGCAAUAUUUCCCUACAGAAUGCCUCUGGAAUCGAUACAUAAGGUCCGUAUGAAUCCUAACCUGGAUUCCCAUGGCUGGAUGCUGUCAGGAGGUCAGUCGGGUAUUGUUCGAGCCCACUGUAUGCAGAGCCUCAACACCCAUAUCAGCAGAAAACUGAUCAAGGAAUGCCAAGCUCAGUUCAGUGCCAUGUACCACUUCAGUGAAAUCCCAUUAGGAGAGAACUCUGGCACUGCUGUGAGCCACAGUGUUGUACAGGCUAACUAAGUGGCUAAGCAGUCUUAAUAAAGCUCCUACCUUGCCUCUUUGCGGUGGUUUUACCUUUUGGACCAAAUGGAAUUUCAGCUGGUUGUAGAGGUGUAUUCAGCUAGCCUGCUUUAUCCUUCAACAGUCAUUCCUGCAUUAAGGUGAUGAUUUCCAAGCUCCUUUGUGUUGAUGGUAGCAGGUUAAGUAAAAGGUGCCCUAUUCACUUUGUUUCCUGAUCUUCAAAUUGAGUUACAGUUUUCUAGCCUUAUAUGAAAAUGCAGGUUCUGAGCAUUUGGAAGGUUCUGACACGCACUGUAGCACCACUGCCACAUAUGAGCACAACGAUUUAGUGUCAGCAUUUUGUGGUGCAUUAUAUUUAAAAAAAAAUCUGAAUAAAGCACUGCAGAAGAAAGAAGCCCCAUUCUCUAAUCUGUCUGACAGGUACUGCUAAUACGUUAGGUGUUCUUUUUGCUUAUGAUGAUCUGUAUACACCAUUGUGUAAGUGAAGAAGAAAGGAACAGAGUCAGACUAAGGAGUAAAAAUGCUUAAACAAGCCACCUUAGUGUUAUUUAGUACACUUAGACUCCCUAGUGGCACCAACCUAGUCCUAACCAGAUAUUGAGCUUCAUAAUUUGACUUUCUAUAAGGCUUACAUUUGCCAUGUCCGUCUUGGCUUGCCCCAUAGAGGAUGAUUGUGUGAAAUGAACCCUUACAUUGUGUCUUCUGUACAACAUAGACAGUACUGCAUUUGGAGAUAAGAAGCAUAUUUCCUUCUGUGGUAAGUAAUUUCCAUUUUUAGUCAGGACAGCUAAAUGAACUUUGCCACAUGCAGUCACUGUCCAUGUGUUGUACAUCAGAACAUGUCCAGUUUUUUAAAAUCAGUCUUUAUGAUCACCUUUGUGGUAAUAGUACAGCAGUGAUCAGAUUCAGUCACUGUUUAAGUGGAGAGUGUCUUUUGAAGUACUUGCCUUUGCCUGUCUUGCUCUGUUUUUGAAAAUGCAACUCAUUCUUGAAGUGAUAAACUUGGCAUUAUCAGUAGCUGCCAUGUGAUUUUCACAAGAACUCUCUCUUACGUGAGCUGAAAGUUAAGAAAUAUUUUUAUUGUUAUGCUUCAUAUAAAAAAAGGUAUAUAUUUGAUCUAAAAUGGAAGUUCUUCAAACAUGAUAUUACAUAUAUUAAUGAUUAUAACUUUCCCAGCAGGACGAUCUUUGGAUUUAUUGCAUUUACUCACCUCUGGCUCCUUUGUAGGUACAAACUUUUUUUUUUAUGGCUGGUGUAGCAUGGCUUGUAUUGACUGUUGUUGGAUAUCAUUUGUUUAGUGGAUCCUUUUGGUGUUGUAGUGGGUUCUGGCUUACAAAAUGUUAAAUGAACCAAAAACGUAUAAAGUCAGAAAACAGAAGUAGUAGAAUGGAACCAUAAUGAGAAGCUUUUUAAGAGGGCUUGAGUUUGAGAACAGACCCUGGAUCACAAUGCAUGCCUUCUUUCCUCUUGUGAACAGGAUUACUGGGCUUUAUACUGGUGUCAGCAGUGAAGGUCAGCAUUGCAAGACUGAGAAAAUGGGGAAAAGUUCCUGAAGCAUACAUGAUGCUUACUGUCAUUUGCUCAGUGUGUGAAAUGAUCAUCAAAAAAGUGUUAAGAACCAGAGGUAGUGCAGUGAUGCUCCAUGGAGCUUUGUAGCCCAUGCCAUAUAUUCUUGGUAAAGAAACCACUAACAUGUGACAUAGUUGAGUGAGAGUCUUAUUUGGAUAUAGUACCAGUGCAAUGUUGUAUUCUUUUUUUUUGGGAUGUGAGUUGUGGACCCAUUUACAUUUCAAACACAGCAGGUAGUACAGUUCUGGAUAGCGAGUGGUCAGAGUGACACGUCCCAUUAGAAAGUGUGAAGGAAUGAAGCAGCAUAUUUACACUCUUUUCAUUAAAGAACUGUUAAAAUUCUAAUGUAACCAUUUUGGAAAGAAAAUUUAUUUGGGGAACACAUAAAAGACACAGUAACUGUAUUCUCUAUGUCUUCAAUGUGCAAAAUACAGCUGUGUAAACAUAUUUCUCAUAUUGUUUGAAAUACUUUUUAUGACUGAAAAGAGAAACAAACAAAAUUAGAGCUUUUUAUUUAUGUCGUUAGUACUAGGCCUGUAUAUUUUAAUUAAAAUGUCAGUUGUACCUAAGAGCAGUACUACUGAACUGUAAGUAAAGUAGCUGUAUCUUCCUCACAAAAAAUGAGUUCAAUAUUAGUCGUUAUUGCACUCAGGAUUCAGUAAUGCAGACUUCAGAAAUAAUUUAAAAACAUUUAUUUUCAGUUUUAUUUAUUUAAUGUUACUGCAUUUUGUCCUGUAACACUGGGGCAGUGCAUUCACAGGGUGGCCAUGUAACUUGCUGUAUUUACAAGAAUGUGCCCUCUUUGUUUAGCAGUUUUUUUUUUAAAUGAGUCAGGUCCAUUGGAGUAGAAAGAUAAUGCCUUGACUAUGACCCUGGCUACCUGAGUUUGAUUAGCUUCUGGAAUGUCUGUUGGAACUGAUAUAGGGAUGCUGGGGCUGUCCAUUGCCACAAUCCAUCAGAUGAGGAGCAGCAGCACAAGGGACAGUCCUCAAAGGAGCAUUUGGCCACAAAGCCAUUUAUGCAGUAGUAUUCAUUACAGGUACAUGGAGGUGGGCAUAAUGGCUCCCAGAGUGACAUGGAUCACAGGUCCCCUUACCAGAGGAGGUGGGAUAAACUUUUAUAGUAUAUGCACUUGUAGUGCUGGGAUACCAGUGAGGGCACAAACUAACCUCAUAGGUCCCUGGACAAUGGCCUUUCUGGAUGGCUGUCACCCAUCUUUGCUGCUUUGCUGGCGUUACGUAGUAUGAGGAAAUGAGCGACCUCAGUUAGAUUAGCAGUAUGUUCGGUAGUUUACAGACACAGGGGCAAAAGGCAAGUAAUAGAAAAAAAAAGUUGACGUUUUUAAUCAUUUUAAGGUUUUUAUAUUUUCAUUUUUAAACACAAUUACUACUGAUGUUAGCGAAGCGUGAGCUGUUACUGACUCUUGAUGGUUGUACAUCAGAAAUGGUAGCAAGAGAUGUCCUUUGUGUGAGUUAUUGGGGUUUAAGAAAUUAUUUUAAUGUAAAAGUAUACUGCAGUGUUCUUUGAAAGUUGCAGACGGGCAGUUCACUUCUCCCACCUCAAAAAAAAGGCAAUAAUUUGAAUACGAGUAAUGUGGCUUCUGAAAUUUUUCUUUUUUUUUUUUGCUAACAUCAUCUAAGUGACUAUUUAUGGGAAUAUUUUGGCAUUCUUAUAAUCAUUUUUGAUUAUGUUUCCAUAACUUAACUUUUUACAUGCAACAGCUAUCUUUUUCAAGCAUAUUCUGUAAUUAUAUAAUGUAGCUGGGCAGUAUUUUAAGUGUGUUUUGUACAUCUGGUUAUUUUGUUAUGAUUUUCAUAGUAUCUAAAUUUGUUUGCACGUUUGAAAAAUUAAUGUAAUUUCGGCAUUAUUCAGUACAGAUUGUAAUCCAGUCAUGUAACUAUGCUGUCUGAUUAGUCCUUCAGACUGUUAACUAGAAGCAAUAAACUAUUCACUAGAAGCAAUAGCAAGAAUAAUGACAUUAGAAAGAUAUUUACUCUGGCGAAGACCACAGUGGGAAAAGUCGUACCAGUCAUCUGUCCUACUAGUGAGCUGAUCGUUUUCAACCUUCAAGCCAUAUGUUGUUGGCCAGUGUUGCAGUGUUUAUAGUGAAGAGUGCUCAGUACCUUUUUUCUUAGCAUUCAUCAUUGUCUGAAAUCAAAAGAUUAGGAAUUAUUUUGCAGUUUAGCAUGUUUUCAUUAUGUCAAUUCUGUUGUUCUGGGUAGUAGUAACAUAUGCAUGAUUUCUACUGUGUUAACUCUAUAAAUCUUAAAUAUCAAGUAGGUUGACAUGCUAAUACAAGCAGGAGGGAUGGCUAGUUGUGGACCUGCACAGAUCUUUUUAAGUUUUAAAUGGCUUCUGUAACCUAGUAAAAAUGCCAAUAAUUUUAAUUUGCUGUGAUGCAGAUGACAUUUUUCUUCUUUUAUGUUUCACAGCAUUGUGUUCUGCUGAUAUAAAAAUCUUUUAAUAAUACCAAGUGAAUAUUCGUUCAUACUUAGUUCACUGUGUGGUUUGGAACAAGGGGGUGGAAGUAGCAUUGCCACCAGAAGUAAAGGCAGCAUGUAAGUCUGUUGAGAUUAUGCACCUCCUCCAUCCUUGUUGCUUUUUUCCCCACUGGCCAUUUUCCCUUUAUUGCUUUAGUAGGAUAUUUAAAAACAGUGUAAUGGUAGGAAAUAUUUAGUGGUUGAAAUUGCUGAAACUCUCAAGUUAUUUGUUAUCAUCUUUAUCAAUGCAUCACUGAUUUGACUUUCUGCCUCUCUGUUGACUGCAGCUUCUUAGUUUCGGGGGGGGGGGGUGUUAAGAGGCUUGUGCUUACUUGGGCAUCUUUUUCACAUUUUUUAGUCUCUUUUUUUUUUUGUGUAAGCGUUUUCUACUACCUUGACCUAAGCGUGAAAAGUUAUCCAAUUGUGGACAUAUCUUAAAACGCCUAUUACUAAAUUGAUCCAAAAAAAAUAACAGUUAACAGUUAAAUGAAUUAGCUACUUUGUCACUGAGAAAUCAAAUGCAUUGUCACUCACUUCUUAAGGUGGUGGUGGUUGAACAUUUAGAAACAUUCUUUUUCUUCUGCUGUUUUUAUUGCAUGUCAGCAUUGCCAUUUUUGAAGUCACAUGUAAUUUGGAAAACACCCCAUGAACCUGGUAGUUUUAUUAAACAAAGUACAUAUUGUAAUGUGCAGUUUAAUUUGCAGGUAAUCUCAUAGCUCUGUAGCCUGCCAAAUGCUGUUCUUCUUCAAAUCAGCCCCAGCUCAUUCCCGUUAACACUUGAGAAUCUAGACUGGCCUGUAAUAUUGCACAUUUCCUUUUUGUUUGCAAUAGUGGUCUGUGAUCUUGAUGCAGUGGCUGCUGUGUUCUGGAUAGUAGCUUUGAGUCUUGGACAGUGACUGUGUAAAGGGUUAUAUGCUGCAUUGGGGCAUAUGUAUGUGCAUCAUUUUUGUAACUAGAACAAGUGUCUACCUCAUUUUGUAACUUGACACUAGUGUGAUGAGUCACAGGUUAGUAGGCUUCUUUGCUGCUGCACUUCUAUCCCAGGUGUUCAUGAGACAUUCCUAAAUCAUCUCCAAUUGUAAAUGUAGAAGUACGAAAUAAGAAUAUAUGUAUUAUUUUACUGUGGUACUUUAGUUUUUAACAGUUACAAGUAGUUCAGCCUACACUAUAUUUGAGUAAAAUGUCACCUGUGAACUGUUUAACCAGCUUAUGUCCGGAAUACCCUUCUUAAAGAUGAUCAGAUGUGUGUGUUCACUGUAUUUUUAUCUUCCUUCUUUCAUAUUGGUAUACAUACAAGUAUGUGAAUGAUUGCUGAUAAAAAAAAUUAAACUGAAGUAGUGACAGCAUUGCAGUACUUCACUGGAGAGCCUCCACUUUGAAAACCUCAAAACCCAAAUGAUCUAAUGAAAAAAAAAGCUAUGAAGAAACCAUGAAAAUUGGCACCUAGAUUGUUGCAACAUUAUGUGCCCUAAAGUAAUUAUUACCUUACAACACUGAUAGAGUUGCAGAACCUCCAUUAGACAAGUGAAUUGUGGGUGCUUUUAGCUGCUGUAUGGUUUCAAAGUGUUAUGUAAAUACUGUUAUUACAAAGUAGUUAAUACUUAAGUUAUGAAACCUUGCACAUUUUAUAUCCCUCUCUUUAUUAGAGGGAUUAUCUAUCUGUCAUGUGUAUUGGUCUUUUUGUCUUUAGUCCGUUUUAUAGACAUUUUCCAAUAUUUAAGAUUUUUUUAACUUUUUCUGACCAUUUGCUUGUUUUUAAAAUAGAAUGUGUAAAGCAAACUGUAAAUUUGCUCACAUUGAGCAUUGAUGCUCUUAUUUCAUUUUCUGGUUCAGUAAAUAUUUUUAAGUUCAUUCAUGUGUGUUUUGUCUUAUUUAAAAAUUGACAUACUGAAGUGUAUUUUGAGUUGUGCUGAUCAAUAAGGGUAAAUGUCUCAUUGAAAUAAUUUCAGAAUAAUUAAGAAUUGCUGAACUGGAAAACACUCAAGUCACAUGUUUUCAUUUUUAGCGUGAUACUGAUUUUUGCUGUGGUGUAGAGUAAAUUUGCUUAGUAGUACUGCAAUAGCUCUAUUGACACUGCAUCUUUAAUUAAACCUGUUCCUACUA